AUGACGACUAACACUCAACAGGGUGGUUCCUCCAAGGUUGUCGAUCCCAUUGCCGAUGUCGAACUCUGCAAGCGAGACAUCAAGUAUUUCAAGGAUCUUGGCCUCAACACCAUCCGUGUCUACACCAUUGAUAACACCAAGAACCAUGACGAGUGCAUGAAGCUCCUCGCCGAUGCUGGCAUCUACCUCGUUCUUGAUGUCAACACUCCCAAGUACUCCAUCAACCGUGCUGAUCCCGAAAUCUCUUACAAUGCUGUCUACCUCCAGAGCAUCUUUGCUACUGUCCAGAUGUUCGCCAAGUACGACAACACCUUGGCCUUUUUCUCUGGAAACGAGGUCAUCAACGAUGGCAAGACUUCUGCCGUUGCUCCUUGGGUCAAGGCUGUUACCCGUGACAUCCGUAUGUUCCUCAAGGAGCGCAAUCUUAGACAAGUGCCAGUUGGAUACUCUGCUGCUGAUGUCGACUCCAACCGCGAGCAAACUGCCCACUACAUGAACUGUGGCUCUGACGAUGAGCGUUCUGACUUCUUCGCCUUCAACGACUACUCCUGGUGCUCUCCAUCCUCUUUCGAGACUUCCGGCUGGGACCAGAAAGUCAAGAAAUUCAAAGACUAUGGUAUCCCCAUCUUCUUGUCUGAAUACGGUUGCAACAUCAACAAGCGUGACUUCAGCGAGGUCGAGGCUCUCUACUCCAAGGAGAUGACCGGCGUCUACUCUGGUGGUCUCGUCUACGAAUACUCCCAGGAACCCAGCAACUACGGUCUUGUUGAGAUCAAGGGCGGUGCAAGCUCUGAUCCAUCCAAGCUCACCGACUUCAACGCUCUCAAGACCAUGUUCGCCAAGGUCAAGAACCCCUCUGGUGACGGCGGUUACAACCAGAAGAGUGGCUCUAGCAAAUGCCCAGCCAAGGAAGCACCUGCCUGGGAUGUUGAUGGCGAGAAGAAACUCCCACAGCUUCCAAAGGAUGCCGAGAAGUACGUGAAGAACGGUGCCGGUGAUGGCCCAGGUCUCAAGGGCCCUGGCAGUCAGUCCUCUGGAUCCAAGGCUGAAGGACCCGACACCAGCGGUAACGGCAACACUGGCUCUGGUGGUUCCCCAGGCUCCGGAGGCAACAAAGGCACCCCUGAUGCUGCUGCUGGUCUCCGUGCUCCUGAAUUUGUCGUGGUUCUCGCCGCUAUCGGCCUGUCCACCCUCGUCGGUGCAUCCAUGAUGACGAUCUAA